UUUGGUGAGUAUGAAUUUUACCAUUUAUCCUCUUUGUUCAAUUUUGCAGUAUACUCCUUUCGAAUUUGCUUGAAAAAAAAAAUUGAAGGUUUUGAAUCUCAAGACAAGGUUUUCCCUGAGGAGUAUGAAUUUAUACAUCAAGCUAUUUUUACAGACCCAGAUGAUCAAAGUGGUUGGUUUUAUCAUCUCUGGCUUCUUGAUCAAACAGUUAAAACUGAGUCUCCUUUGUUUGUUUCUUCUUGGCCUGCACAUGAUUCUGAUCUCACUGUGUAUGGAACCAGAUGUGUGGGUAGUAGCAAGUUUCUGUUCACAAAUUGCCAUUUCGAUUCAGGGGCAUUGCCUCUCAUACUUUACUUCAAUCAAGCUGUUGGAGGUGUAAACUCAUGUACAGUUAAUGUUGAAUUUGGAAAUGAAACGAUUGAAGAUCUUGUGUGGAGACCACUUGCUGUAAAUAAGUCCCCAAUUUCCUAUGUCUGGGUUACAUAUUUAAAAUUUUGCACUUCAAAUGGGUGCCAAGUGAAGGUCAGCGUUGGACAUUCUCAGGGAAUCUUUUCAUCAAGAGCUUUACACUUUUGCCAUCCUUCUCAGAUUGCAUUUACAAUGCAUAUACAUCCUGUUGAAACAGAUUCUGCAGAGAGAUCAGGGGAAGAGUUCAUCUCAUGGUCAGAUGAAAACUUUCGUAUGUAUGAAAAACAGUCUCAAGAAUCACAUUCAGUUGCCUCAUUUGAUAAAUUAAAUAUCAAGAAUGUCCAUGAACCAACAAAUUCUGAUUGGCGAAUAACAACUAUACUGAAAGAGAUAGAAUGUUUUCGUGAAUUGUUAUCAUUGACAGAGAGCAAAAUUGGGAAGCUUACACUAGCUAGGCUGCUAAUUGCCCAUGAUGAGAUGUUAUGUUCUGAUGCGGAAGGGUUGAUCCAUUCAGAAGAAGUUCUAGGACUGUAUAAUGAUUUAAUGAAGUUGGACCCUUCACAUUAUCAAUAUUACAAGGAUGAACACAGCUUAGCUUUACUACGGCAGGUAACUUCGAGCAGGGAAUCUCUGGUGAAACAUUGCUUUCACUAUUGUGAUUUGAACAAUUCUACUUGUUUACGACUGAAUUAUUUAUCAUUAUCACGAAUUGGAUCUUUUGAGAAGUUACUGUGGGUCCAAAUACUGGAUCUUAGCCACAAUGACCUUCGAUCACUUGAAG